AUGAAGCUUGUGGACAGUACUAUUCGUAGCUUUCGAGUUGCAAAAGUAUUUCGAGAAAAUAGUGACCGAAUCAAUCACAUAAACUUCUCGCCAAAUGGCGAGACUCUGAUCACUAGCAGUGAUGAUGAUUCCAUAGUUAUUUAUGACUGCCUUGAGGGAAAGUGAGCACGAAGUUUAGAAAAUUUCAAUUCAACUCCUAGACAGAAGAAUGACUUCACUUCAUGGUUGUCAUGGCAGAUAUCUUAACGAUAACACAAAACUCUAACUUUUUUGUCGUUUUAUAGGCCUAAAAGAACCCUUUACAGCAAGAAGUAUGGUGUGGCACAAAUCCAGUACACACAUGCAACAAACACAGUGAUUCACACUUCGACUAAGAUUGAUGGUGAGCUCAAACAACAACUUUUUUUUUUUAUUCUUAGAAUAAAAUUUACAGCUAUUUUGACACGCAGAUAGCUCAUACGAAUCUUGGUUUGGCCAGUCUUUGAUAUCUAAUAAGGUCUAAUGAGGGAAUCCUAAAUUACAAUACAUUACUAAUUACCGUAAAUAAUUACAAUGAAAAUUUAGCAUUUUGAAUGAUAAUAUAAGAGAGAUGAAGGAAAUUUUUAUUCUAAGAUAAGAAAAAAAAAUUAAGAAAUUUUUAAACUGGUAAUCAAUACCCUAUUCUGUAGUGGUAAACUCUGGAGAAGAAGUAAUGUCACUUGAAAUGCUUACUGGGAAAAAAAAAUUAUGUAAAAGAGUGUUUUCUUGUAAUCCAUUCAAUUGUCAGGGAUUUUUACCAACAGCCACACAGUGAAAACAACUAGGGGGCUAUAUUCACCGUAGUAUACCUUCCUCUAGAAACUUUAUUUAGGGAAUAAUAAUAAUUGUUGCUAAGUUGUUAUUAUUUUUAUGAUUUAUUUUUAUCAUAAUGCUACUACCACAAACACCCAAAUGUAACAAGUUAAGAACUGAUAAAUUUUUAUAUAAAAAAAUAGAGAAUUAUUUAAGUCACUGUCAUCAGUAGCUUCAUGCAGGAGACAUUGUCAAAAAUUAAACUAAAAAUGAUGGAAUUUCUUGGUCUGAUCAACAAGUUUAACCUUGAAAAUCAAGUAAGAUUUAUUAGGGAAGACUCAGAAUACUCUAAUCAAAAUAAUCUACACUUUCAAAACCUCUGAUGUAUAUUAUCUAUAGAUUCCUAAAUCCAAAGUGCUCAGCACAUAUGUAUUUUACCUGCCAAUUUACUCAGCUCAGAAGGUUGCAUUUAUGGUAAUAUCAGUGUUGGUAAAAAAUUUGUUUGUUGUUGUUGUUUUUUUUUUCCAUAAAAAUGUAUUAGAGAAGGGAAAUCAGCCUCAAAUCCUUGAGGAUAUUGAAGGCUGAAGCCUAAGGCCCCUGUCCCAGUUGUGGACUUUUUCUCUGUUGUGCAUUUCAAUGUCUCCUUCACACAGUCUUUCUUUCUUUUUCCUUCUUGUGUCUUUUUCAUGGAAGUACAGGGGAGCUUAUCUACUCUUUAUGAUAAACAGGAUCUUAGAUUAAAAUGCGACUGAUUGUAGCAGUGUGAAGAUCAGAACUCUUCUCAGACUCUGUUUUCCCACAGAGUCAAGCUCUGUUGUCAAAAAGAUUAAACAACUAUUGUAAUUUUCCUGUUCUACUGUUUCUUGCAACAGACACUAUCCGUUAUCUUUCUCUACACGACAAUAAAUAUCUCAGAUACUUUACAGGACACACAAAGAGGUAAGAAUUUUAAUUUUAAUUACACUUGAUUUUUUUCCCCUUGCUUUUGCGCAAGUUUGGUGUCUUGUCACAAAGAUUUAUAUUAAUUGUUUACUUUUAAGUAUUGCUUAUCUAAAAAAGAAGCAAAAACAAAACAAAAGAACAUAAAUUUUAUUGGUUUGAAGCUUUUUAAGCCAACAGAAGACUUGAACAACAAUCAGUAUGUAAUUGUAAGAGAGAAACAAAGAUUCUGUUAAGUGUUUUAAACCUAUAUGGAUAUGGUAGAUUACUUGAAUUGAUAGAUAAUUGACCAUUAAAAUGUGUGUCUGUUAUAACAACAAAAGUAAGUACCAAAUGAAAAACUUGAUCUGUAAUUGACAAGUGAUAUUAUUUCACAUCCUUUUCUAUUGUUAUUUACAUCAUUUGGUAAAUUCUUUGCCUCACAUACAUGUGUGUUUUUGUAGAGUUAUGACCCUACACAUGUCUCCUAUGGAUGAUACUUUUGUAUCAGGAUCAUUGGAUAGGACACUCAGGUUGUGGGAUCUGAGAUCCCCUAAUUGUCAGGUACUUAAAAUGACCAUGAGUUUGUUACAGAAGAAAUCACAAAAAUGAUUGCUAAUUAUCACAUGGAAACAAGAAAAUUUAUAUAUUAUUUUCAUAUUUAUUUUCAUUGAGGGGUUGAUGCAUGUGAAUGGGAGACCUGUGGCAGCUUUUGAUCCAGAGGGUCUGAUUUUUGCAGCUGGAGUGGACUCUGAAAUGGUUAAACUGUAUGAUCUGAGGUCUUUUGACAAGGUAUUUCUUGCCAAUAUAUUGUAAUGAAACAUAUCCAACAGUAUUAGCUCAAUGUUCACAUAUAACAUUCCUUUAGAACAGUUGCCACAAAAAGAGCACUGGAAACUUCUGUUUAAAAAGCAAAUGAACUACAGUAGGGGUUACCAACCAUAUCUAUUUGGUAGAUGGAACACUUUGGAAGGUUUGGUCAAAACAAAAAGAGUUUUAAAAGUCUUAAGAGUUUUAAAAGUUUUUUAAAGUACAGUUGACAGUUCCUUCAAUGGGCAUUAUAUGGGCCGCUUAUUUAAACAAGAUCUAACCCAAACUGCGGUUUUCCGCAAGCAGUGGGCCUCAGUGAUUCUCCUUAAGAAGGUUGAUUUCAUUUUAAUAGAUGUCUGUCUACUUUUAGGUUUCAGCCUGUUGACACUGUUCACAAAAAAUUGAUUCUUAGAUAAAAGGUUUGGCUAGAUUGAAGAAGGCUUAGAGUGCGGUUUUGUUAAGCAACAGCUAAACUUUGUUUAAACAACCAGCCCUAUGUGUUUACUUGUGAUGUUUUAAAUGCAUUGUGCACUUAUGCAGGAAAGUUACUUUAAUUUUAUUUGUCACCAAUAUGCUUGGUAAAUAAAGUGGGUCCACAAGGAGGGGGACUUAGAUUUAAAUACCCUCCUUGUUCAACACUAAGGGCAAAGUUUACUGUUUUUUUUUUUUUUAGUGAUUCUUUUUUAUUUUAGUUUUAACAUUUUCUUUAUUUUGACCUUGCUUUUCUGUGUUAUCUAACUUGUACUUUCAGAACAAUGUUUAAGCAUAACUGAAUUGUUUCCUUCAGGGUCCAUUUUCUACUUUCCACAUUCAAAAUGACCCAAGCAUUGAGUGGACAGGAGUUAAGUUUAGUUCUGAUGGGAAAAUGAUCUUAUUGGCUACAAAUGGAGGAGUUAUUCAUUUGAUUGAUGCUUUCCAAGGAACACAGUUACAUACAUUCACUGUAAGUACCGCUUUUAUUGGAUGUACAAUAAUGUUAUUCAACAGUACACUUAAAGUCAGUGUAAAAAUCUGUCAUUGGUAAAACUUCUGGUAAUAUGUAGAGCUUUCUUUGGGGCUCAUUCACAGUUGUGUGAUCUGUAAAUAGGAUUCAUAGCAGCUUCAAAAAUUAGAAAUUUGGCUAAAAUGUGCAAGAAACUCAUGGGUAACAAGAUAAUUCACUAAAUGACUUUAAUGGUAAAAUCAACUGUAAUCGUGAAGAUUCUAGAGGCUGCGGCUCACUCAAAUCCUCAACAACUACAGGGGUGGCACAGUGCAAGGUUACAAUAAUUCAAACUCCUCUAUGUAGAUUUAAACUGAUGUAAUGACAGAUCAAAGUUCAAAGAUUUAGAUGGAUCAGUAGUGUUUGACAUGAAGGGUCAUAGAUAGUGAAGAUCGAAGUUUAUUGGCCUUAGUAGCAGUAGUAGUAGAAAAAUAGUAGUAGGUUUAGGUGCAGGUUAAGUUGUAGGUUCAAACUGAAAUACGAUGAUUCAAAGUAGAGUUUAACUUAGAUAAGGCUAAAAAGAAAUGGCAGACUGUCAAGAGACAUGGUACAAAAAUAAAGCCAGCAAACUUCUAGCAUGAAAUGAAUAGAUAUGAUGAUUCUCAUGUCAUAAGAAGAUACAAACAACAGUGUCAUACUAACUGGCAACUAAAAUGAGCCUGAGAGAAUAACAAUUUGAAAAGAAACAAGGACAAUUGAUGAAUAAGAUCGUUUCACUAUAAUACUAUAAUGAUAAAACUGAGUGGACUGAAAAGGGAUGUUCUAUGACUGAGAAAAAAGCUGAUGAUUGUGCGACCUAAUAAACAACAAAGAAAAGACUUAUGUACUUUGGAUGACAACUCACACCAAAAAAAAAGCAGACACUUGAUAUAGUGGUAGCUUGGAUCCUUCUGAUUGUAGCAAAGGUGGCAGUGUAGCUUCAACUAAGUUCUUUUUUACCAAUAUCAUAAUUUUUUAGGCUAUGAAGAGUGAAAAAAGCUAAGGCAUUGCAAAAAGUAGCACUCACAAUAAGAACUAUUACCUGGCUAGUGAAGAUUCCAAAGUUAUGAUAGAAUUCCAGGAAAUCUUGAUUUCUGCUGACACCUUCAUUUGAGACUACAUGAUAAGUAAAUGUAAAUAAAAAGGAACUCUGUAGGAAAUCAGUAAAACAAAUGGCGUUUCAAAACUAACAUCCAUCACCUACUAAUAUCUGCAAUCCAAAGGUAUUUUGAACAUGAAUCUGCUGCUUUGGCUUACUCCAUUAGCUACAAUGUACGUCAAAGAAACUGCUCAGUGACCUGCUGUAAUAUUAGUUUGUUAAAUUUCCCUUUAUUUUAUGCUAUCUUUUUAGGGUCAUACUGUUACAAGGUCUACUCCAGUUGAAGUUUGCUUCACUCCUGAUGCACAAUAUGUCAUCUCAGGUACAAUAUUUUACAUCCAUAUAUAUGUAUAUCCAUAUGUGCAAUCUUUGAAUCAGAGAGCAAUUUCUUUCAGUUACUGAGUAUCAAACUUGAUACUUUUGAACCAUAUUUCAUCACAUUACCUUCUGAAACAGGUAAAUGUUGCCUCUUACAUUGUUGAACAGGUUCUCAAGAUGGACGUGUUCACGUCUGGGGGUCAGACAGUGGACAAAAGCUGACUGUGUUAGAGGGCAAUCACCCUGGUCCUAUCCAGUGUGUUGCAUUCAAUCCCAAGUACAUGAUGUUGGCCAGUGCUUGUACCAACAUGGUCAGUAUGAUUUUUAGAUGAUGCAUACAUGUAUGUGUACAUAUUAUGCACAGUUGGAAGGAUGGUAGAUUUGAAGAUUAUAAGUUGAUAACUGAUUAGAGUUGUUGGUGAUUCCCCAUAAUGAAACUUGUAAUAGCUUUCCCAUGAAACCUUACACACUGUUGUCACAUGUCAAGGAGAUGAUGAGAAAAAGACUUAUCAUUAAAGGGAGCGGUACUCCAUGCUCAUUUCUGUGGUACAUUUCUUUCUCAUUUGGGCAAUCCCCUUCUGUUUGACAACAAUUGUGUAAACCAAACUGUGAACAAAAAAGGGCACUGUUUUUCCUUUCAACCUUUGAUAUCAUGCAGAUUCUACAGCCAUUCAACCAAUUACCGGUAGUCACGUGUGUUUCUGAAAAUUGUAACUCCCUUCUCCUAAGUAGAUACUUUAAGUUUUACUUCAGUGAUAGAUAUCUGAGAGAUCUUUAACAACAAUACAACCUCCUUCCUUUUCUUCUUUAAAAGGUAAUGACUUUUCAUAUGGUAGUGACUGUCUGAACUCACUUGGUUGUAAUGCCCAUUUGAUUAAAGUAUGAUUUCAAUCCAAACUCAAAUUAAGUAGUUAAAUAUUUUCACUGGAACAGCAUGAUGACUUGAGCUGUGAGGAACCAUGCUGAGAUCCAAAACAGUGUUGAGACAAAUUAUCUUUUAUUUUGGUAUUUGUAGGCAUUCUGGUUACCUAAUUUAGAGGAGGUGGAUGAGGCAAGCAAAAGAUCAUUACCAAGCUAA